AGCAUAAACUCAAACCCCAAAUAGCCAAACAGCAAAUAUGUACAGAAAUCAAAAGGCAAGAGCAAUUCUUCUUACUGCUACCAAACUGUUGAUGAUUCUAUUAUGUGCUGGCUGGAUUUCUCUCUGGCUCUUAAAACCAACAGAUCUUUGGACAAAAAAAUGGCAUCUUGCUGAAAAUAGUGCCCGAGCCUCUCUAUUUGGAUAUUAUGGUCUCAACUUUGUAGUCUAUACUUUUCCUGUUAUUGUUCUUGUUAUCAUUGGACUAGUUUACUUAAAUAACAAACCCUCCAAUCCACAAACUUUCAGACAAACAAAGUUCUCAACUUUUUCGAAUGCUCUCUCAAACCCACUUGUUGUGAACAAUUAUUUGGGUAUUUUAUCUGGAAUUGAGCUUCUGGGUAUUGCUUUAUUUCUCCUCUUCCUGGCUUGGACAUUCUAUGCUAGAAUUUCUAAAGAUUUCAGAAAGUUGCUACCUGUUGAAUCACUCAACUUGAAGAUAUGGGAACUCAAGUAUUUAAGAAUAGCCACAAGGUUUGGCUUGCUAGCAGAGGCUUGUUUGGGUCUACUUCUUCUGCCUAUCUUGAGAGGGUUGGCUCCAUUUCAGCUAAUUGGCAUUCAAUUUGAAGCUUCAGUGAAAUAUCAUGUUUGGCUUGGAACUGCAAUGGUGUUAUUUGGCACCUUCCAUGGCAUAAGCACCUUGUUCAUCUGGGGGAUCAGCAACAAUAUUCAAGAUCAGGUGUGGAAAUGGCAAAACACCGGCCGGAUUUACAUUGCCGGGGAGAUUACUUUGAUUACAGGAUUAGUGAUUUGGAUCACUUCCUUGCCUCAGAUAAGGAGGAGAAAGUUUGAGAUCUUCUACUAUACACACCAUUUGUACAUUGUUUUUUUUGUAUUCUUCUUGUUUCAUGCUGGAGAUAGACAUUUUUACAUGGUGUUUCCUGGAUUGUUUCUCUUUGGCAUUGAUAAGAUCCUCCGAAUCAUUCAAUCGAGAAUUGAAACUUGUGUCGUGUCUGCUCAAAUCCUCCCAUGCAAAGCUGUGGAGCUAACUCUGCCAAAAGAUCGAAGGCUGAAGUAUAAACCAACUAGUGUUGUGUAUGUGAAGAUACCAAGGAUUUCUAGAUUUCAAUGGCAUGCUUUCAGCUUGAUUUCCAGCUCGAAUGUUGAUGAUGAAACAAUGUCGAUUGUUGUUAAAUGUGAUAAGUCAUGGACAAGGUCUUUAUAUGACGUGAUAAGCACAGAGCGAGAGGGAGAAUCAGAUCAGUUGAAGUGCAUCUCCAUUGCAAUUGAGGGCCCUUAUGGACCUUCCUCCAUGGACUUCCUAAGAUAUGAUCACUUGCUUCUAAUUGCUGGUGGAAUUGGAAUAACCCCUUUUUUGAGCAUUUUACAAGAGAUCAAUUCUAUGCAAAACAGUAGUCGAUUCAAAUGCCCUGCAAGAAUACAACUUAUACAUGUCAUGAAGAACUCCCAAGACAUUUCGCUACUCAACUCGAUCUUACCUUUACUACUGAACCAUUCGAACAAGAAAAUGAAUUUGCAGCUUAAAGUAUUUGUGACACAAGAAGUACAGUCUGGUGCAACUGUUGUAGAAUUGCUAAACAAGUUCUCUCAAAUGCAAACCAUACAAUCAAGCACUAAAUGUUCAAGCUAUGCAGCACAAGGACUUGAAAGCUUCAACUGGAUGGCUGCAAUUACUGGAUUAACAUCUAUCGUGUUCCUCAUCACCUUGAUCAUCUUCAACCAUAUUGUCAUUCCAACCAAGACAGCCUCUAAAAAGACGAAAGAUAGAACUCCAUCUUGGAUCUCAGAUCUACUUCUGAUGUCUUCCUUUACUUUAGCUAUCUUAUCUGGUGCAGUCGUUGGGAUUGUUUUAAGAUGGCGAAGAUUGAAGAAAGAAAAUCUAGCACUCAUCCAAACCAAAACCGGAACACAAAAUGCAAUUCCAAGUUCAGUAGUAAGAGGAAGUAGACAGGAAGAACAUGAAAUAUACUACGGAGGAAGGCCUAACUUCAAAGAGAUAUUUUCAAAUAUCAAACACGAAGACGAGGGAACUGAAAUCGGCGUGAUCAGCUGUGGACCGGAGGCGAUGAACGUGUCUGUAGCAUCAACAUGUAAGCAAAUUUCACAAGGUUUAAGGAAAGACUCAAAGAAAAAGAAACCACAAUUCAUUUUCCAUUCCCUCAACUUUACACUUUGAUGGAGAGUAGCCAAAGUAGAAGACAGAAUGAAGCUGCAGCCCAACAGAAAAUAUAUUUCUUCACUAAGAAGAUGUUUUUAAGCACUUAGAAUAAAGAAAACACAUUAUACUCCUCGGCAUCAAAUGUCAAAACCUUUUCAUUUAAAGAAAUAGCGAGAUUUCGAACAAAAUUUUACUCCAUCUCUAUCAAGCAAGCUUUCUUUAGUACGUACAAGUGACUUUUGUUUUCUAAAAGCUUGAUUUUAAUGGUAUCAUUUUGUAAUUACAUAUACUUUUUAAGUUCAUUUAUGAAGCAAAACCUCCUAGUUUGGGAGUCCCUCUUUGUUUGAUUUA